CGAGAAACCCAGAAGAUUCGAGAAGUUGAAUACUGUUGUUUCGGACGCUCAAACACUAAACAAGAUGGUUUCUCUGAAUCCCGUUCAGAUCUUCAAGGCAGGCGCAGAGGAGGAAAAGGCAGAAACAGCCAGACUGUCCUCGUUCGUUGGUGCAAUUGCUAUCGGUGAUCUGGUCAAAAGCACACUCGGACCAAAAGGAAUGGACAAAAUCCUACAAGGUGGUGAUCAAAUCUCUGUGACCAACGAUGGAGCAACGAUAUUGAAAUCCAUUGGAAUAGACAAUCCUGCAGCCAAAGUAUUAGUUGAUAUCUCUAAGGUACAGGAUGAUGAGGUAGGAGAUGGAACAACAUCUGUGGUGGUUCUGGCAUGUGAACUCCUCAAGGAGGCAGAGACAUUAGUUACACAGAGAAUACACCCACAGACCAUUAUCUCUGGCUGGAGGAAGGCAACAGACGCGGCUAGACAUGCCCUCACAAACUUUGCUAGGGACCAUGGAAAUGAUCCAGAGAAGUUCAGGAACGACUUGUUGAACAUUGCCAGGACAACACUUAGCUCUAAAAUCCUCACCCAGUAUAAAGAUUAUUUCGCUAAUAUGACUGUGGAUGCUGUGCUAAGACUGAAGGGAAGUGGUAACCUAGAUGCCAUUCAAAUCAUUAAGAAGCUUGGCGGUGGCCUGUCAGAUUCAUAUCUGGAUGAAGGAUUCUUGUUAGAUAAGAAAAUAGGAGUAAACCAACCAAAAAGAAUAGAAAAUGCCAAGAUUCUCAUCGCUAACACACCAAUGGACACUGAUAAAAUCAAGGUGUUUGGAACAAAGGUAAAGGUAGAUGCAGUUUCGAAAGUAGCAGAGCUUGAAGUUGCAGAAAAAGAGAAGAUGAGGGACAAGGUCAACAAAAUCCUUAAGCACGGCUGUAAUGUGUUCAUUAACAGACAACUCAUCUAUAAUUACCCUGAGCAACUGUUUGCUGAUGCUGGUGUGAUGGCCAUUGAGCAUGCAGACUUUGAUGGGAUUGAAAGACUGGCUCUUGUCACAGGUGGUGAGAUCGUGUCCACCUUUGACUGUCCUGAAUUAGUUAAACUAGGUCAGUGUGACUUGAUGAAUGAGGUCAUGAUUGGAGAAGACAAGCUCAUCAAAUUCUCAGGUGUGGCUAUGGGAGAGGCCUGUACCAUUGUGUUGAGAGGAGCGACGAAGCAGAUCUUGGAUGAAGCCGACCGUUCAAUUCAUGAUGCUCUUUGUGUCCUCACACAAACGGUCAAAGAAACAAAGACAGUGUUUGGUGGAGGAAGCUCCGAGAUGUUGAUGGCUGAUGCUGUAUCUAAACUUGCGAUGAAGACCCCAGGCAAGGAGGCUGUAGCUAUGGAAGCAUAUGCCAAAGCAUUGAGGAAUUUACCAACUACAAUAGCAGACAAUGGAGGUUUUGACAGUGCCCACCUCGUGUCACAGCUCCGUGCCCUACACUCUGAGGGAAAGAAUACGAUGGGCAUCAAUAUGGAGCUUGGAGAGGUGGGUGAUAUGGAGAUAAAUGGAAUCACAGAGUCGUUCCAGGUGAAGCGCCAAGUUGUCAUGAGUGCUUCCGAGGCAGCUGAAAUGAUUCUUCGUGUUGAUGAUAUUGUGAAGGCAGCGCCCCGACCACGACAGCGGGAUGAUAGAUGUCAUUGAAACCUAAUUUCAUAGCAUUAUCUAUAUCAAGCGUGUGAUUUGUUGAUGUGUAAGAAGCCUUGUGAGAGAAUGAGAAACUUAAUGAGAAUGAGAUGAGCCGAAAUGUGCUAGCUUUUGUAUGUUGAGAAGCAUUUUAGGAAGUAACCUAUUUUUUUUCCACAACUGGGACAACCAUUCAGGUUGAAGUCAAGAUCAAAUUCAAUUCAAAUUUAGAAAAUAUGUAAUUAAGUGAUACCUGAAGUUACACAUCUUUAUUUUUUCAAUGUAAAACAAUUUGCCCUUCAUCUUAUUUGUACUGCAAUAGUUUUCUGGGAAUUUCUGAAAUGUUGACAACUUCAGGGAUAAACUUUUAGAGAUAUGCCAGAAUCUAUGUAAAGUUCAAUGUAGGUUUAAAAGUCUUUUUAGUCAGUCUUGUAGGCAUCAGUUACUGGGAGUUGACUUGUAAUAUAAACAUGAUCAAAAUGAACUGUGAAAUGUGUAAGACAAUGUUAUCUUCAAUUUGAUAUUAAAAAUGUGGUGAUAAUGACAACGCUGACGUUUUUUAAAAGUGUGGAAGAACUUUUCAAGCCAUAGGAUCAACAUACACUUCAGUCUUCAGUGUUCUGACACUGCUCUUUAUGGUUAAAUAAUCGGAACUUGUCUCCGGGUGAUGUACAACUUUGGUUGAGAAAGAGAUCAGUUUUUACUGCUUUCCUUUUUCUUUUGGAGGAAAUUUUGGAUGCAAAUGUAAGACUACAAUGUUCAUCAAGAAAAGUCUUGUAAAAGUGGAUUUUUUCUCAUCGGAAUAGGAUUAAAUUGUCUCCCUUUGAGAUCAUUUGAAAUGUAAAGUUAUUAAAGUCGUCGUGAACAAACACUACAUGGCGUUUUAUAUUUGUAAAUAUUUUUGUCAAAGUUGAAUGUCUUGCAUCCAUUGGAAAUUCGUCAUCAUGCAUGUGAUUAUCAAGAUUUCACGUGUAACUCCAGGUAAAAUCAUUUGGUCAAUUUUGGGGUAUUCCUUGUGAAUUUAAAAUACAUGUACAGGUAAUCUGUAGAAAAAAAAAAUUGAAAACUUUUCAGUGUUUAUAAAUUUGUAACUGUAACUGUGAACUAUUCACAUGUUCAAUCCCAUUGUGCUUUAAUGUUCUGUUCAAGCCUAUACAAUUUAUUUAUUGUCAGAUGUGUUACAAAAUUUUGUACAUGUUUACAAGUUUUUCAUCCAUUUUAUUUGUCCAGUGCUUCUAAUCUGUGAUGUAACUUUCCGUUUUUUUUUCUAUGUCAUGGAUGUUUUUGUAUUUAAAUUCUGUA